GCAACGAACUGUUAGGCUUUGAAAUGGCGGAGAAUGGUAAAAGAACGGUUGUGAUAGCUAUGGACGGAAGUUUGUAUUCAGACUAUGCAUUUGACUGGUAUACCCAGAACGCAACAAAAGAAAACGAUGAAGUACUAAUUAUUACCUGUCUUGAUAACCAUGGCUGUACUGCAUAUAUGCGUAGAAAUUCCAGUACUGAUGAAAUACGAAAACAGCUGCAGCAGGAUAUGAAUAUUCAUGCUGCACUGGAAGAACAUCUUCAAUUAAAGCUUUCAAACGCUGGGAUCAGUGGGUCUGUAUUUUCGUGUUAUGGUAAACCCGGAGAGGCCAUCAUUAAUGCAGCGAAAGAAAAACAUGCAUCUGUGAUUAUUUGUGGAUCUAGAGGUCAUGGAAAACUAAGACGAACAAUAAUGGGAAGCAUCAGUAGUUAUAUUGUACACCAUUCCGAUAUUCCGGUAAUUGUUUGCAGGCACAAAGAUCACCAUCAUCACGACCAUCAUCACCAUGUUCAUAUAGACUCACCUGCUGACGUCAGUAAUUUGUUGCAUGGACAUUGAUGGCAUUUUUAUUUAUGCUUCAGUUUACACUUGUACAUAUAUAUGUGAUUAUUAUAUUAAAUUAGCAAUUGAUUAUAUGCAAUAAAAACGUUUUUACCUAAAAGCA